AUGCUACUCUUCUACGCGUUCUCUGGCUGGGGCUCCUUCAAGAUCCUACCCCAGUACAAAGUUCGUGAAGAGGUAGAACUGACCGGCGAGGAACUGGCAUGUCUCCGGUCGAUGGUCGACGGCAUGAAAGACAGAAUCGUCGCCGACAACGAGCAUAUGGCCGCCCUCGCGGAGAGGAUCUCCACCGACUCGCUGAACCGUUUCGUCGCCGCUCGCUCCCAGGGUCGUGCUACUUUUGUUAUUCCCGAGUUCCUGGUCUGUGCAGUUGACAUCGAUGGUAAGCCGAGCAGGGUCAUCCUCUUCGUGGAGGACAAGCUGCGCGACAAUCUCCGCCUACAGCUCCAGAAGUACUUCGAGGCCUUCAAGGGGGAGCUCAACGUGUACGGACUUGGAUGUCGCAUCACCCCCGAGACGCGUGGGGGACAAGGUAUUGAAGCGAUGAUCUGGCGUCACGGUAUAGACGAGGACGGCGCCCCUCAGGCCGUCCAGCUCUUCGAUGACGGUCAUGACCUGGAUAAGCACGGCGGUUGGUAUCCGCUUGACAGCGACUUCAUCCUUCAGCACUUCGUGGAUCUUAGCAAGCAGUACUGGAAGAGCGCGGUGCGGGCUUAA